UAUAUUCUGAAUUUUCUUUUGAAUCAACUCAAUAAGGAAAUCUAUAAACCUCUGAUAGUUAACUUCUCGGCACAAACGACAGCAGCUCAAACUCAGAAUAUUAUUAUGUCAAAACUGGACAAGAGAAGAAAAGGAGUGUUUGGUCCUCCUUUGGGCAAAAGAAUGGUUGUUUUUGUGGAUGAUGUCAACAUGCCUGCUCGGGAGGUCUAUGGGGCUCAGCCUCCCAUUGAAUUACUUAGACAGUGGUUAGAUCACUGGAAUUGGUAUGACCUCAAAGAUUGUACUAUGAUUAAACUAGUGGACAUUCAGAUCAUGUGUGCUAUGGGACCGCCAGGUGGUGGUCGAAAUCCAAUAACUCCUCGAUACACGAGGCAUUUCAAUAUUAUAACAAUCAAUGAGUUUAGUGAUAAGUCCAUGUUUACAAUCUUCUCUAGAAUCUUAACCUGGCAUUUAAAAAUCUGUUAUAAAUUUCCAGAGGAUUUUCUAGAUUUGACCACACAAAUUGUAAAUGGCACAAUGACUCUGUAUAAAGAUGCAAUGAAGAAUCUCUUGCCUACUCCCGCUAAAUCUCACUACCUGUUCAACCUUCGUGAUUUCUCCCGCGUCAUUCAAGGUGUUUGUUUGUCAAGACCUGAAACAGCAGAAACUAAAGAAGUGAUUAAACGUCUGUGGGUUCAUGAGGUCCUUAGAGUAUACUAUGACCGCCUUCUGGAUAAUGCAGACAGAAGUUGGCUUAUUAACUACAUACAAGAUAUUUUGAAAAAUUAUAUGAAUGAAGAUUUUCAUGAGCUUUUCCAAAGUUUGGAUUUUGAUGGAGAUGGAGCAGUAGAAGAAGAUGACUUAAGAAGCUUAAUGUUUUGUGAUUUCCAUGAUCCCAAGAGGGAAGAUACGAGCUACAGAGAAGUCAAGAACAUGGACAACCUUCGGGUGAUUGUGGAAGUUCACUUGGAGGAAUACAACAACAUGAGCAAGAAGCCCAUGAACCUUGUCUUGUUCCGAUUUGCCAUAGAGCACAUCAGCAGAAUCUCUAGGAUCUUGAAGCAGCCUCGAAGCCAUGCUCUCCUGGUUGGAGUUGGGGGGAGUGGCAGGCAGUCCGUCACCAGAUUAGCUGCCCACAUGGCUGAUUAUGCUGUAUUCCAGGUUGAAAUCUCUAAGGGCUAUGGUAACAACGAGUGGCGUGAAGAUUUAAAAGUGAUCUUGAGGAAGUGUGCUGAAGGUGACAUGCAGGGUAUCUUCCUGUUUACAGAUACUCAGAUUAAAAGAGAGUCAUUUCUGGAAGAUGUCAACAAUCUGCUAAAUGCUGGGGAGGUUCCAAAUCUCUUUGCAGUAGAUGAGAAGCAAGAGAUAUGUGAAAAGAUGCGUCAGUUAGAUCGCCAGAGGGAUAAAACUAAACAAACAGACGGAAGUCCCAUAGCUCUUUUCAACAUGUUUAUUGAUCGCUGCCGCAACCAGCUGCACAUGGUCCUGGCCAUGAGCCCCAUCGGAGAUGCAUUUCGGAAUCGUCUUAGAAAGUUUCCUGCUCUUGUUAACUGCUGUACCAUUGACUGGUUUCAGUCAUGGCCUGAAGAUGCGUUAGAGGCAGUGGCCUCACGGUUCUUGGAGGAAGUCGAAAUGUCAGAGGAGAUUCGAGAUGGCUGUAUUGACAUGUGUAAAAGCUUCCACACUUCCACUAUAAAUUUAUCGACAUCCUUCCACGCUGAACUUCAAAGAUACAAUUAUGUGACUCCCACCUCUUAUCUUGAAUUGAUCUCCACCUUCAAAGUAUUGUUACAAAAGAAGAGGAGUGAAGUAAUGAAGAUGAAGAAGAGGUACGAAGUGGGCUUGGAUAAAUUGGAUUCUGCGUCAUCUCAGGUAGCCACCAUGCAGUUAGAGUUGGAGGCGCUGCAUCCGCAAUUAAAAGUUGCCAGCAAACAGGUGGAUGAGAUGAUGGUGAUCAUUGAGAGGGAGUCUGUAGAGGUUGCCAAAACAGAAAAGAUAGUGAAAGCUGAUGAAACGGUAGCAAAUGACCAAGCCAUGGCUGCCAAGGCCAUCAAAGAUGAGUGUGACGCCGACCUGGCAGAGGCCUUGCCAAUACUGGAGUCGGCGCUAACUGCCCUGGAUACUCUUACUGCACAGGAUAUCACAGUAGUAAAAUCCAUGAAGAGUCCUCCUGCUGGUGUCAAGCUUGUCAUGGAAGCCAUAUGCAUCUUGAAGGGCAUCAAAGCAGACAAAAUCCCAGACCCAACAGGUUCAGGGAAAAAAAUUGAGGAUUUCUGGGGCCCAGCUAAGAGACUUCUUGGGGACAUGAGGUUUCUACAGUCACUUCACGAAUAUGACAAGGACAAUAUUCCUCCAGCUUACAUGAAUAUCAUAAGAAAAAGUUAUAUUCCAAAUCCAGAUUUUGUUCCAGAAAAGAUCAGAAAUGCAUCCACAGCUGCCGAAGGUCUAUGCAAGUGGGUCAUAGCAAUGGAUUCCUAUGAUAAAGUGGCCAAAAUAGUCGCUCCCAAAAAGAUAAAACUAGCUGCAGCUGAAGGGGAGCUUAAAAUUGCUAUGGAUGGUCUUAGAAAGAAGCAGGCAGCCCUUAAGGAUGUUCAGGACAAGCUGGCCAAGCUGCAAGACACACUAGAGCUGAACAAACAAAAGAAGGCUGACUUGGAAAACCAGGUUGACUUGUGCAGCAAAAAACUGGAACGAGCUGAGCAGUUGAUUGGAGGCCUCGGAGGGGAGAAAACUCGAUGGAGUCACACUGCUCUGGAGUUGGGGCAGCUGUACAUCAACCUGACAGGUGAUAUCCUCAUUUCCUCAGGAGUUGUUGCUUACCUGGGAGCCUUUACGUCUAACUAUAGACAGAACCAAACCAAGGAGUGGACAAAUUCAUGCAAAGGAAGAGAUAUCCCCUGUUCAGACGAUUACUCUCUUAUGGGUACCUUGGGAGAAGCUGUGACGAUUCGAGCUUGGAAUAUUGCUGGAUUACCUUCUGACUCAUUUUCUAUUGAUAAUGGGAUCAUCAUAAUGAAUGCAAGAAGGUGGCCUCUAAUGAUAGAUCCUCAAGGUCAGGCUAAUAAAUGGAUCAAGAACAUGGAGAAAGCCAAUAGUCUCCAGCUAAUUAAAUUAAGUGAUCCUGACUAUGUCAGGACUCUGGAAAAUUGCAUCCAGUUUGGUACUCCUGUGUUGCUAGAAAAUGUUGGAGAAGAACUGGACCCUAUUUUGGAACCUCUUCUACUAAAACAGACCUUUAAGCACAGUGGGAGUGUGUGUAUUCGGCUUGGGGACUCUACAAUUGAAUACUCUCCAGACUUCCGCUUCUAUAUUACCACCAAGUUACGAAACCCUCAUUAUCUUCCUGAAACAUCAGUGAAGGUAACAGUAUUAAACUUCAUGAUAACUUCGGAGGGGAUGCAAGACCAGCUUCUGGGAAUUGUGGUGGCCCGAGAAAGGCCAGACCUUGAAGAAGAAAAGCAAGCUUUAAUACUACAAGGAGCUGAAAACAAAAGGCAGUUGAAAGAAAUAGAAGACAAGAUUUUAGAAGUUCUUUCAACAUCAGAAGGCAAUAUAUUAGAAGAUGAAACUGCUAUUAAGAUAUUAUCUUCCUCCAAGGCUUUGGCUAAUGAGAUUUCUCAAAAGCAGGAAGUAGCUGAAGAGACAGAGAAAAAGAUUGAUGCCACCCGCAUGGGCUAUCGUCCUAUUGCUGUCCAUUCCUCCAUCCUGUUUUUCUCUAUUGCUGAUUUAGCCAACAUUGAGCCCAUGUACCAGUACUCACUGGUCUGGUUUAUUAACCUUUUCAUCCUAUCUAUUGAAAAUUCAGAGAAAUCAGAAAACUUAUCCAAAAGGCUUCAGAUCCUCAAGGACCAUUUCACUUAUUCACUCUAUGUUAAUGUCUGCCGGUCUCUUUUUGAGAAAGAUAAGCUACUCUUUUCCUUUUGUCUAACUGUGAAUCUACUCAUCCAUGAGAAUGCGAUUAAUAAGGCUGAGUGGAGAUUUCUGUUAACUGGGGGCAUUGGACUGGAUAAUCCUCAUACCAACCCUUGUACGUGGCUUCCUCAAAAGUCCUGGGAUGAAAUAUGCCGAUUAGAUGACUUGCCUUCCUUCAAGACCAUUCGUAAGGAGUUUAUACGCUUAAAGGAUUCAUGGAAAAAAGUAUAUGAUAGUUUGGAACCACACCAUGAAGCUUUCCCUGAAGACUGGGAAGAAAAAGCAAAUGACUUUCAAAGGAUGCUUAUCAUUCGCUGCCUGAGGCCAGACAAGGUUAUUCCAAUGUUGCAAGAAUUUAUUAUCAGCAAAUUGGGGCGUACAUUCAUUGAGCCACCCCCAUUUGAUUUAUCCAAGGCAUUUGGAGACAGUAACUGUUGUGCACCACUGAUUUUCAUCCUCUCUCCUGGAGCAGAUCCCAUGGCUGCCCUUCUGAAAUUUUCUGAUGACCAGGGGUAUGGGGGCUCAAAACUUAGUUCUUUAUCUCUUGGUCAAGGCCAAGGGCCCAUUGCUAUGAAAAUGUUAGAAAAAGCUAUCAAAGAAGGAACAUGGGUUGUUCUUCAGAACUGUCACCUUGCCACCUCUUGGAUGCCAACCCUUGAAAGAGUUUGUGAGGAGUUAAGCCCAGAAUCAACACAUCCUGAUUUCCGAAUUUGGCUGACAAGUUACCCGUCUCCAAAUUUUCCUGUGUCAGUACUGCAGAAUGGAGUGAAAAUGACCAAUGAAGCACCAAAAGGUUUACGGGCUAAUAUCAUUCGAUCAUACCUCAUGGACCCGAUCUCUGACCCUGAGUUCUUUGGCAGCUGCAAAAAGCCUGAGGAAUUCAAAAAAUUACUUUAUGGCCUCUGUUUCUUUCAUGCUUUGGUGCAAGAGAGACGGAAAUUUGGACCCCUGGGGUGGAAUAUUCCUUAUGAAUUCAAUGAAACUGAUCUAAGAAUCAGUGUACAGCAACUCCACAUGUUCCUGAACCAGUAUGAGGAGCUGCCUUAUGACGCCCUGCGGUACAUGACUGGUGAGUGCAAUUAUGGGGGCAGAGUGACUGACGACUGGGACAGGCGUACACUGCGUAGCAUUCUGAACAAGUUCUUCAAUACGGAAUUAGUUCAAAAUCCAGCAUAUAAAUUUGACUCAAGUGGUAUCUACUUUGUCCCUCCUACUGGUGAUCACAAAAGCUACAUCGAGUACACAAAGACUCUGCCCCUGACCCCAGCGCCAGAAAUCUUCGGGAUGAAUGCCAAUGCAGACAUCAUGAAAGAUCAAGCAGAAACUCAACUGCUGUUUGAUAACAUUCUUCUUACCCAGUCUCGUUCUGCAGGUGCUGGUACCAAAUCAUCAGACGAAGUUGUAAAUGAGGUCGCUGGUGACAUCUUGGGUAAACUUCCAAACAACUUUGAUGUUGAGGCUGCAAUAAGAAGAUACCCAACAGCUUAUACUCAGAGUAUGAACACUGUGCUUGUCCAAGAGAUGGGACGGUUCAAUAAGUUGCUGAAGACCAUCAGAGAAUCAUGCAUUAAUAUUCAAAAAGCAAUCAAGGGACUUGUUGUGAUGUCUUCAGAGCUUGAGGAAGUGGUUAGCAGCAUUUUGAAUGUCAAAAUUCCAGGAAUGUGGAUGGGAAAAUCCUACCCAAGCCUUAAGCCACUUGGCAGCUACGUGAAUGACUUCCUUACAAGACUAAAAUUCUUGCAGCAAUGGUAUGAGACUGGCCCUCCUGCAGUUUUCUGGCUGUCUGGCUUCUUUUUCACACAAGCCUUCCUGACUGGUGCCCAGCAGAAUUAUGCCAGGAAGUACACAAUUCCCAUCGAUCUCCUUGGGUUUGACUACGAAGUGAUGGAAGACAAAGAAUAUAGGAAUGCUCCUGAAGAUGGAGUUUACAUCCAUGGAUUAUUUCUGGAUGGAGCUUGCUGGAAUAGGAAGAUCAGGAAACUUGCAGAAUCACAUCCCAAAGUUCUUUAUGACACAGUGCCAGUGAUGUGGCUAAAGCCCUGUAAGAGGGUAGAUAUACCAAAACGACCAAGUUACGUUGCUCCACUGUACAAGACGAGUGAGCGGAGAGGAACGCUAUCCACCACUGGCCAUUCCACAAAUUUUGUGAUCGCUAUGACUCUCCCCUCUGAACACCCAAAGGAGCACUGGACUGGACGGGGUGUAGCACUGUUAUGUCAACUAAACUCAUAACCCGAAGUGUCAUCUUCUUGUUCCCAUUUCAUGUUAGGCAGCUGAGAAUAUGUUACUGUUUAAACAAUUUUUUGGUUGAAAUAAAGUUAACUAACAUUAUUCUUAAUCACGAAUUUACUUAUGUGCAAAUGCAGCCUCGAUUUAAAAUGUCACACUUCAAUGUAAGGAAUGUUCUGAAAUACAGACUAGAGAAAACACAUUGG